UACACCAGCCUGCCUUCAGUGUCCCUUUCCCCUUCCUUAGAAGUCACGUGGCCCUACCCAAGCAGACAGCUCUCAAGAGAUUGCCGAAGGGAAAGCACCGUCAAUAAAUUUGUCUUAAAAGUUGUGUCUGGAGUGAGCCAGUCUGAACCCCGAGCUGCCUCACAUCUCCCACAGUGGGACUGUUGAGAUGGAGUGAGAGAUCUUACAAAAACUGAAAGUGAAAUACGGAAGGUAGAUUGAGCAAUCAAUGGAAGGCCAGAGCCAGAGGACCCACUUGAGGGUAGCAAAAGAUGUAGCAGAGGCAGUCAGGAGAGUGCCUCGCUCUGAGGGCAGCCUCCAGGGACACGGAUGACAGGAAAUGACCCACCCCUGUGGCUACAUACUCCAAAGGCCCAGACCUCCAAAGUGCCCAUCGUGGGAUGGAUGAGUCUGCAGAGACCCAGCCACCGCGCCUUUCCUUUUGCCCUGAGAAAGGAGAAGAAAUGAAAGUGGGGUGUAUUCCUGUCACUCCACAGAAGGAGAGUACCUGGGUUGAGGUCUGCAGGGAUGGAAGGCUGCUGGCUGCUACCCUCCUGCUGGCCCUGUUGUCCAGCGGCUUCACAGUGAUGUCCCUGUACCAGUUAGCUGCCCUGCAAGCCGACCUGAUGAGCCUGCGCAUGGAGCUGCAGGGCUACCGGGGUUCAGCAACACCUGCUGCUGUCCCAGAGGCUCCAGACGCCACUGCGGGAGCCAAACUCCUAGCAUUGGCAGCUCCUGGACCCCACAACUCCAGCCUCGGCCACAGGAACAGACGCGCUUUCCAGGGACCGGAGGAAACAGUCACUCAAGACUGUCUGCAACUGAUUGCAGACAGUGACACGCCGACUAUACGAAAAGGGUCUUACACGUUUGUUCCGUGGCUUCUCAGCUUUAAAAGGGGAAAUGCCUUGGAAGAAAAGGAGAACAUAGUGGUUAAGCAGACGGGCUACUUCUUCAUCUACAGUCAGGUUCUGUAUACCGACACCAUCUUUGCCAUGGGUCAUCUCAUCCAGAGGAAGAAAGUGCAUGUCUUUGGGGACGAGCUCAGCCUGGUGACCCUGUUCCGAUGUAUUCAAAAUAUGCCAAGAACGCUGCCCAACAAUUCCUGCUACUCGGCUGGCAUUGCGAGGCUGGAAGAAGGGGACGAGAUUCAGCUCGCGAUACCUCGGGAGAAUGCGCAGAUUUCACGGGACGGAGAUGGCACCUUCUUUGGUGCUCUGAAACUGCUGUGACCCACUUAAUGGGCUGUGUGGGCCCCUCCCCUCCUCUUCACUGCACCUCCGAGGGGAGAAAAUGAACAACUGGAAAUACCGGAAGUGGGGAAAGUUUUCAUCAAAACCAAGUUUCUUGCGAGCUGUGUUAUUUUGGUUCACUGAAUCUGGUCCCGAACAGGAGACAGCAGACAGCCACAACCAAAGUGUGUCACGUGAGUUACGGGAACUGGAGUCCACACUCAGAGGAAGGACCAGGAAGGCUACGCUCUCCAGAGCACGCACCGCACCCUUGCUUCUCGCCUCGACACACACCAUCAGAACGCAGGGAGAUAACCUUUUUUUUUUUUUUUUUUGGUGACUGGGGUGAGAAGAGGACCCACCUCUGUAGGUCACCAAAACGUUCAUGCCAAGUCUCAGGACGCACCUCCUCUCUCGCAUUAAGCAGACUCUCCUCUUCACCAGCUAGGACUAGGAAAAGGUUUCGUUGUUUGUUUUCGUUAUUUUCAAGUUUAAAAUAAACUCGAUUAAAAAAAUGUUUUAAGUGUCAAAUAAUUGGACAGAAAAGAGCUGACUGUUGAAGUUGUCCUCUUUUAUAGGUCGAGCUUGCAAUUGUUUCUGGUAUCAAAGCAUCCCCUCA